AUGAGCCAGAAACCGAUACUCAUCUCGGGUGGCGGGCUGGCAUCUCUUCUUCUGGCGCGCUCUCUGCUACUCUCCAAGAUUCCGUUCCAAGUAUUUGAGCGCGACGCGUCUCUCGCCUUCCGCGGGCAGGGCUACCGACUGCGGCUGUCGUCCGAGGGCCUGGACGCCAUCGAAUCGGUGCUGGACCCUGCCUCGUUCCAGCGCUUCUACGACCGCUGCGGCAAGACGGGCGGCAAUGGCCUGGUGAGUCUGGAUGCCAUCACGGGCGAAGUGAUCGGUGAGCAGCGAGUAGGCGCAGGCGAAAACUUGGGCUCGCGUGAUGGCAAGAUCGUGGGGAUAGCGCGUGGUGACAUGCGCCAGCUGUUCAUGGAAGGGUGUGAAGAGUUUGUUCAUUUCAACAAACACGUUACGGGCUACGAGUUGACGGAGGAUCAAGAAGGCGAGGGUAAAGGUGUGCGCGCUGUCUUCGCUGACGGCAGCAAAUCCGUCCAAGGGAGUCUACUCGUGGGCGGUGAAGGUCUUAGGUCAACAGUGGCCAAGCAGUUGUCGGGCGGACGACUCAAAGUCUACGAUCUAGGGGCGCGCGGCAUCCACGGACAGGCGCCGACAACGGCAUUUCGGGCGUUAGGCGAAGGCGUGUUCCGUAUCGUCGACGAGGGCGAGGGCGAGACAGCGCCGGGCAGUCAAAGUCAAGGCCGGGGUCGAGGUCGGGUCUCAAUCAUCACCAACGUGCGGCCUAACGACAUGCACGACGCGAACGUCGAGUUCGGCUGGACCAUGGUGGGCGUACCAGGGGUCAUCACGGCGCCCAACGAUGACUACUCGAUCGUAGGGAAGACGGCCGCCGAUCUGGCCAAGUCGCUGACCAAAAACUGGCAUCCACGCUUCAAGCCGCUGUUCGACCAGAUGAACGAGCGCGAGGCUGCGUUCUGGAAAAUCACCUGUUCCACCCCGACGGGCGUGCCGGAGUGGCCCAACGAGCCUCGCGUCACGGUGAUUGGCGAUGCAGCGCACGCCAUGACGCCCGCGGGAGGCAUCGGUGCCAAUACUGCUGUGAGGGAUUCGGCGUUGUUGGGGCGAUUGCUUCGUGAGGCACAGGCCCAUGCCGGGGGAAACUAUGAGGGUGUCACCGCGGCGUACGAGAAGGAGAUGAGGCGGUAUGCUGGCGAAGCGGUGCGGUCGAGCUAUGGCACGGCGACCAAGAUGUUUCAGGCCCAUAUUGACGAAUUAUCUAAGACGGUGUGA